AGGAAAAUCUAAACAUAAUUCACCGGACAAAAUCAAUUUCGGAAACUUAUGAUGAUCCAGAAACGUGAAAAUUGGCAAAUUGUUAUUGAAUCGAAAAGGAAUUCAAAUUUUUUAAAAAGUUCAUUUUGGUGGAAACGCACAUUCAUGACAAAUGACAAGAGCUUAUUUCAAAAAUGUAAAAGCUGGAAAAUGAUUCACGACUGAAUACAUACAUAACAUAUGGAGAUUUGUAUAAAAGUUGAACGAAAAGGGCUCACAAUGGAUGAAAAACAGAAGUGGAAUUAAAAGCUCACAGCUUCUGAAUGGGAUUAGUUGUCUCUUGAAGCGAAUUCAGCCGUUGAAAUGUGGGUUUCCGCAAGUACAAGAGAAAAUGUGGAAAUUAAGCUACUGGGAGCAAGUAAGAUUGAAAGACAAGGAAAUAGGUACCACUUUCGAAAAGCUCGCACUUUAUCGUGAAGAGCUAUUAGGAAAAUGGGUGCAAAGCAAUCCGCAAGAAACCUACCAACUACUGGAGAGGAAGUGAAUUUCGAUCAUUUCAAAAUACUCAGAGCCAUUGGAAAGGGGAGUUUUGGAAAGGUUUGCAUCGUGAAGAAAAAAGAUCGCACCGGAAAUAUGUACGCUAUGAAGUACGUUCACAAGUGGGAAUGUGCCGAAAGGGGUGCCUUGACUAACGUUGCCAGAGAAGUUGAGAUCCUUUCGAAAGUGGAACAUCCUUUUUUAGUGAAUUUAUGGUUCAGUUUUCAAGAUGAAGAAGAUUUAUUCAUGGUGUCCGACCUACUUUUGGGUGGAGAUCUAAGAUAUCACAUACAACAAGUAGUAAAAUUUAGUGAAGACAGCAUCGUUCUAUUCGUCGCUGAAAUUGCCCUCGCUCUCGACUAUCUACAAAAUCACAAAAUUAUCCACAGGGAUAUAAAACCUGACAACAUUGUCUUGGACGAGGACGGGCACGCUCAUGUAACGGAUUUCAAUAUCGCCACUAAAAUAGAAGAUGGACAAUUGGCAACCUCCAUGUCAGGAACAAAACCUUAUAUGGCUCCAGAAAUUUACAUGUGCUCUUGCGAUGAAUCUGGAGUUAUGGGCUAUGGAUACGCGGUGGACUGGUGGAGUUUGGGAGUUUUGGCAUGGGAAACGCUGGCGGGAAAUCGACCAUACGCAGUUCACGCGGCAACGUCACACCGCGAAGCCUUAGAAAUUCUCCAGGAUGAAAGACAAGCGCCGGAGCAAUGGAGCUCAUUAAUUCGCGAAUUAUUGGAUCGACUAUUAACAUUGGCACCUGGCGCCCGUGUGUCAACACUCAAAGAACUCAAGUACAUUACAAUUAUGAGCGAAUUGGAUUUCGAUAUGGUAUUGAGUAAGAAAAUCAAACCCAUAUUCACACCACCCAAGGAUCACUUGAAUUGUGAUCCAACUCAUGAACUUGAAGAGAUGAUUAUUGAGGAGAGACCGCUUCACAAAAAGAAAAAACGCCUAGCCAAACAAAGAUCGCUCGAGGUGAAAUCUCUGACUCAAGAAGUACUAGCAGCAGAAAAGGGUCCAGUCCAGGAGUACAGGAAGCUCGCCUGCAUACCAGAAUAUCUCAAUUUUAAUCGAGAAUGGGAAUUAGAGAGGCGCGAAAGAGACAGGAAGGAGAAGCAAUGGGAGGAGGAGCUCAAUUCUGCUAUGAGAAGUGCCGACCAAAGAUUGAGGCUAAAGCAGCAAUCGUUCCCAAAGACUGCCAAUCGCUUGAGUGUAUCGAAUGCGAACGUGAAAGCGCGAAUUAACGCAUCUCCACUACAAAAUCGACGUAAGAGUGCGACGACGUCGUCAGAUAUUGAUUAUAUUGAUGCCAGUCCGGAGCCUUCGACAUCGUAAUUCGUAAAUGACACCCCUUCUUUUGAAAAAAGAGAUCCUGAGAAAAAUUAUAAGCCUUUUCAUCGCGAGAACAUAUAUAGUGAAUAUUCCCUAUUAGCAAACAUUAUAUACAUAGUGAAACAUUCUAAAAAUACCAUCUUUCCUUUUUUUCCUACUUUUAUACAACUUUAUUCACAAUUUCUUUUUAUUUUCAUUUCAAAAAGUUGAAAGAGAGUUUUCUCUAGACGACAAAGAACUAUUUUAUUUUCAAUUUAUUUACGUUCCUUUUAUAGUUUUAUAAUUUACUUAUUGUAAUUAAUUUAUAUUG